AUGUCGAAGCUUCUGCAAACAGAAAUUCAGCAGAAGCUAAGCCAGGCAAAUAUGCGAAUAGCCGACUGGCUGGGCGGCGAGAGCAGUGGGUCGCCGGAAAGGAGCGCUUUUGAGGACUUGCCCGUGAUCAAGCCGGGAGCUGGUCUUGAUCUAUCCUCAGAUGCGGCUAGAAUAGGCGAUUUCACGUCAGGGAAGGUGGUGAAAAAAGCAAAGAACCCGCAACGACCGCAGUCGCGGUCGCUGCAGGCGCUGCAGAACAAGCUGCGAAAUGCCAACAGAGACAAGGCCCGCGCCAAAGUGGAGAAAACGAGGCGGGAGGCCACCAGGCCAGCUCCGGGAGAGGAUGGACGGUCUGAGGAUGACUCGGACUCGGACGAGGUGGUGCGACGGAAAAGAAGUGGCACCACCACCAAGAAGGUUAGUAAGCGGCCAUUUUAG